AUGGAAGAUCAGGGGGGCAGUGCUGAAAAACAGGAAAGUCAUUCUAAUGGUGAAGAAGAAGAGGAGAACGGAACGUUUUAUUUUGGUUUGACAAUGCAGAUGAUCGAGAAGCAAAUAAAACUUAUGAUCGAACUGCAGCAGUCUCUUGGAAGUAGGGUGAAAGUGCCAGUUCAACUUCCUCCCGGGGGGUGA